UAAUCGCUCCUCCGUAGUUUUGCAUGCCAUCUCGUUCAUUGGACGCUUAUAGAGCGCGCAACUAAAAAUUUGCAUAAUUUGCAGAUUUUUAAGAUUUAAGGUUAAUUCAGGUUGUAGUUGUCUGUUGACCAUGGCCUUUGAAUUUGGUUUCCAGAGAUUUGGUGAUGAAGAGGAAGAAGAUGAGGAAUUUGGGCAACAAUUUGCUGGUGGUAUGAGAGAUGGACUGAUCAUGCUUGUUGAUUGCACAAAACCAAUGUUUGAUGUUGACGAUGAGGAUGAAGAUGAAAGUUUAUUUCAGCGCUGUAUCAGGUGUUGCAAGACAACUCUACAAAAUAAGAUUAUAAGCAGUGAGAAAGACUUGAUUGGAGUGGUAUUCUUUGGAACAGAGAAGUCAAAAAACCCAAAUGAUUUCAAACACAUUUAUAUAUACCAGGAACUUGACCAGCCGGGUGCCCCAAGGAUCCUUGAACUUGAAGAAAUGUGUGAAGAAAAUUACAAGACAUUUACAGUGGAUUAUGGACAUAGCCCAGCAUUCUCUCUGAGUGAAGCCUUAUGGACAUGUCAGAAUAUGUUUGCUAACAGCUCACAGAAAGUGAAUUCCAAGCGAAUCCUGCUGUUCACAUGCAUGGAUAAUCCACAUGCCGGCAAUCAACAGUUACAGCGUCAAGCUAAGACGAAGGCUAGUGAUCUGAAUGAAACUGGUAUAGACUUGGAGUUGAUGCAUCUUCAGUUGCCAGGGGAAACCUUUGAUGUCACCAAAUUCUACAAGGACUUACUGUACACGGAUGAUGAUGAGUUAACAGAGUUAGCAGAUCCUGCAGAGAAACUGGAGGAACUUCUUUCAAGGGUACGAUCAAAAGAUCACAAAAAGAGAGCCUAUCGACAUAUUUCACUUUCACUUGGAGAGGGAUUAGAAAUGGGUGUAGGAGUUUAUAACUUAGUAAGACCAUGUACCAAGCCUUAUCCGGUGAAAUUAGACAAAAGGACCAAUGAAGAACUUAAAAGUCACACAAAAACUUACCUGAAGGACACUGGAGAAGUUCUAAUGCCACAAGAUUUGAAAAAGUGUCAGACAUACGGAGGGAAAAGAAUCUUCUUUGAAAAUGAGGAGGUGAAUGAAAUAAAGAGAUUUGAUCCAUCAGGGUUAUAUUUGAUUGGAUUCAAGCCACAGAGUUCAUUAAAGAUCCAUUUCAAAGUUAAACCAGCAUCAUUCAUUUAUCCUGAUGAAAGAACAAUCAUUGGCAGCACUACACUGUUUACAGCAUUACUGAAGAAAUGCACAGAUCGUGAUGUGGUCCCUAUCUGUAAAUACAUCCCUGGGAAAAAUAGUCCACCAAGAUUUGUUGCUCUUAUGCCACAGGAGGAAGAAUGUGAUGAACACAAAGUCCAACUGCGACCACCUGGCUUUCAUGUUAUUUUCCUACCAUUUGCUGAUGAUUUCAGAAAAGUCAAAUAUGAGAUAACCCCAAAAGCCAAUGCUGAACAGAUAGAUUCUGCCAAGGAAAUUUUAAAGAAGCUACAGUUCACAUAUUCUGCUGAGAGUUUUGAGAAUCCAGUUUUACAGAAGCACUGGAGAAACAUUGAGGCUCUGGCUUUGGACAGAGAUUCCCCAGAAGAAAUGACAGAUUACACACUACCGGAUGAAGAGAGAAUAAAGAGGAGAGCAGGAGAUGCCAUAGAAAAUUUUAAAGAUCUUGUUUAUCCAUCAGGAUAUGUACCUGGAGCCAAGAGAAAGGCUGGAGGUGGUGGCGAUGCAGGUGCUAAAAGGGCCAAAACUGAGCAGGCUGCUGCAGGAAUUGAUCUCAAGGUGGAGGCUGAAGCUGGACGGCUUGGAAAAUUGACAGUUCCCAUCUUAAAAGAGAAGAUAAAAGAGAACGGUAUUACUAGUGCUGGCACGAGGAAAGCGGACCUUAUUGAUGCCAUCUGUGCACACUAUGGUGUUGGUGUGUGAGAGGCUGUUGUGUGAAAAAGAAAGACUUCUCUUACAAUAAAAAAUGAACUUAUUGUUGAAUGGCAUCUUACUUUUGCAGGAACCCAUUGUUUAUAGCAUAAAACAUCAAAGAUUUAUGUUACUGUAGUUAAUAUGUAUGACUGUUAGAUUUUAAAAUUUGUUAGCUGUUUAAAGAGAGUGAUUCUAGAGCGUUUGCAUUUGUUAGAUUUCUGUACUAAUUAGGUGGCUACUAAAAUGUCAGAAUUUGUAAAAUUCAGAAUUCUGAUAAAAAAAAAGUAUAAUCCAGCACAGGUACUGGUAUCCCUUUGAAGCUCUGUUUAUUAUGCCCCCACAUUUAUUUAUGGGGUGUGGGGGACAUAUAGCAUUGCUGCUGUCCAUACAUCUGUACAUCCCCAGAUCUUGUGUGUCCAACUCCUCCCACACUAUUAGCCUGAUUUUCUUCAAACUAUUACAGUUGUACAAGCUUAAUGUGCAGCUUAUCUGAAAGGAAGGAUUUUUUACUGUGUCUAGUUUUACCAUAGUUGUGGCCCUUUAAUAGUUUUGCUAUAUGGAAUGUAGAGAAAAAUCGUGUAUGUCCAACUCCUCAAACACUAUUGAAAGGAUAUGCUUUCAAACUUUGGCAGAUGAACAAGCUUGAUGUGCAGAUGACCACAAAUAAUAGACUUUUUUCUGUGUAUAUUUUUUCUAGAAUUGUGACCCUUUCUUAAUAAAAAAAACUUUGCUAUUUAGAGUAUGGUGCAGUAUGUGGGUGGGGGUGGGGGAGGCAUCUGUGUCCUAUGGACACAAUUCCAGCUUUUAUAAAAAGUUGUUAUAUAAUUAUGUUGGUUUCUUUUAGAACUAAAUUUCUCUUGUUUGACAUCUACAGAUCAGGUGAUAAAGCAGUUACAUGUAUAUCAUGUAUGUAUGGGAUAUAGUAAAAACUUUUGCACUCAGUGCAUCAGGACAGCAUUAACAGUUUAUAUCAGGUUGACAUUGACAGCGGUUUACUGUCUUGUAUUUCUGAUUCUAGAAUAAAGAUGUAUAUGAGUUACCUUUAAUUUUUUACCUGUUCUCUCUUUAAUUCAGUUUGAUUAUAAUUGAGAGCUUAGUGAGAAAUUUUUAUAAAUUAUGCUGUCUUGUUCUUAGAUAAUAUCUGUUUUCUAUUGAUUUUUACCGAUAUUCAUCAUUGUUUAUCCCCCCGCCAAAGGCGAAGGGGAUAUUAGAAAUGCUCUCCGUCCGUGUGUGUGUGCGUGUGUCCGUCCGCAACGAUCUUUGUCCGGAGCAUAACUCCAAAAGUACUGGAGGGAUUUUCUUCAAACUUCAUACACUGAUAGAACACAUUGGGAGGAAGUGCAGUGUGCAAGAACAAUAACUCUACCUUGCCUAUUUUUUGAGUUAUUCCCCUUUAUCUUAUUUUCUUAAAAAAUAUUGUCCGGAGCAUAACUCCAAAAGUAUUGGAGGGAUUUUCUUCAAACUUCAUACACUGAUAGAACACAUUGGGAGGAAGUAAAAUGUGCAAGAACAAUAACUCUACCUUGCUUAUUUUUUGAGUUAUUCCCUUUUAUCAUAUUUUCUUAAAAAAAUUUGUCCGGAGCAUAUCUUUUUAGCUCACCUGUCACAAAGUGACAAGGUGAGCUUUUGUGAUCGUGCGGUGUCCGUCGUCCGUCGUCCGUCCGUCCGUCCGUCCGGACUAAACUUUGCUUGUGACCACUCUAGAGGUCACAUUUUUCAUGGGAUCUUUAUGAAAAUUGGUCAGAAUGUUCACCUUGAUGAUAUCUAGGUCAAGUUCGAAACUGGGUCACGUGCCGUCAAAAACUAGGUCAGUAGGUCUAAAAAUAGAAAAACCUUGUGACCUCUCUAGAGGCCAUAUAUUUCACAAGAUCUUCAUGAAAAUUGGUCAGAAUGUUCACCUUGAUGAUAUCUAGGUCAAGUUCGAAACUGGGUCACAUGGGGUCAAAAACUAGGUCAGUAGGUCUAAAAAUAGAAAAACCUUGUGACCUCUCUAGAGGCCAUAUUUUUCAUGAGAUCUUCAUGAAUAUUGGUCAGAAUGUUCACCUUGAUGAUAUCUAGGUCAAGUUCGAAACUGGGUCACGUGGGGUCAAAAACUAGGUCAGUAGGUCUAAAAAUAGAAAAACCUUGUGACCUCUCUAGAGGCCAUAUUUUUCAUGAGAUCUUCAUGAAUAUUGGUCAGAAUGUUCAGCUUGAUGAUAUCUAGGUCAAGUUCGAAACUGGGUCACGUGCGGUCAAAAACUAGGUCAUUAGGUCUAAAAAUAGAAAAACCUUGUGAGCUCUCUAGAGGCCAUAUUUCUCAAUGGAUCUUCAUGAAAAUUGGUCAGAAUGUUCAGCUUGAUGAUAUCUAGGUCGGGUUCGAAACUGGGUCACGUGGGGGUAAAAACUAGGUCAGUAGAUCUAAAAAUAGAAAAACCUUGUGACCUCUCUAGAGGCCAUAUUUUUCAUGAGAUCUUCAUGAAUAUUGGUCAGAAUGUUCACCUUGAUGAUAUCUAGGUCAAGUUCGAUACUGGGUCAUGUGGGAUCAAAAACUAGGUCAGUAGGUCUAAAAAUAGAAAAACCUUGUGACCUCUCUAGAGGCCAUAUUUCUCAAUGGAUCUUCAUGAAAAUUGGUCAGAAUGUUCACCUUGAUGAUAUCUAGGUCAAGUUCGAAACUGGGUCACGUGCGGUCAAAAACUAGGUCAGUAGGUCUAAAAUAGAAAAACCUUGUGACCUCUCUAGAGGCCAUGUUUUUCAAUGGAUCUUCAUAAAAAUUGGUCAGAAUGUUUACCUUGAUGAUAUCUAGAUCAAGUUCGAAACUGGGUCACGUGGGGUUAAAAACUAGGUCAGUAGAUCUAAAAAUAGAAAAACCUUGUGACCUCUCUAGAGGCCAUAUUUUCAUGAGAUCUUCAUGAAUAUUGGUCAGAAGGUUCACCUUGAUGAUAUCUAGGUCAAGUUCGAAACUGGGUCACGUGGGGUCAAAAACUAGGUCAGUAGGUCUAAAAAUAGAAAAACCUUGUGAGCUCUCUAGAGGCCAUAUUUCUGUAUGGAUCUUCAUGAAAAUGGGUGAGAAUGUUCAGCUUGAUGAUAUCUAGGUCAGGUUCGUAACUGGGUCAUGUGCCGUCAAAAACUAAGUCAGUAGGUCGAAAAAUAGAAAAACCUUGUGACCUCUCUAGAGGCCAUAUUUUUCACGAGAUCUUCAUGAAAAUUGGUGAGAAUGUUCACCUUGAUGAUAUCUAGGUCAAGUUUAAAAGUGGGUCACGUGCCUUCAAAAACUAGGUCAUUAGGUCAAAUAAUAGAAAAACCUUGUGACCUCUCUAGAGGCCAUAUUUUUCAAUGGAUCUUCAUGAAAAUUGGUCAGAAUUUUUUAUCUUGAUGAUAUCUAGGUCACAUGUGCUCAAAAACUAGGUCACUUUGUCAAAUAAUAGAAAUAACUACGUCAUACACAGUUCAACACUGGGUCAUUUGGGGAUAGGUGAGCGAUUCAGGACCAUCAUGGUCCUCUUGUUUAUGCAUGGAGGGAUUUUGAUAUAUCUUGGCACAAAUGUUCACCACCACGAGGCAGAGUGUCAUGCGUAAGAACCAAGUCCCUAGGUCUAAGGUCAAGGUCACACUUACAGGUCAAAGGAUACAAGAAUGAAAACCUUGUCCGGAGCAUUUCUUCUUCAUGCAUAGAGGGAUUUUAAUAUAACUUGGCACAAAUGUUCACCACCACGAGACAGUCAUGUGCAAGAUCAAGGUCCCUAGGUCUAAGGUCAAGGUCACACUUAGAGGCCAAAGGUCAGAUACAAGAAUGACUUUGUCCGAAGCAUUUCUUCUUCAUGCAUGGAGGGAUUUUGAUGUAACUUGGCACAAUUAUACACCAUCAUGAGACGAAGUGUCAUGCGCAGUUCCCUUCUUUAGAAUUACUUCCCUUUGUUGUUACUUUAGAUAGCUUUUAUUGUAACUUUUUCAUUACUAGUCGUAGGGAAAAAUCAAGACCACUUUUCUGUAGUACAACAUGCAUGCUACAUCCAAUUUUGAGAUGUAUUUUGACCAAUCUCUAUCUGGUAAAGAUUUUUGUGUGGACUUACAAUUUUUUUUUUUUUUUUUUUUUUUAAAAGAUUAACUUCCCUUAGUUGUUACUAUAAAUAAUUUAUAUUGUAACAUUUUUAUAAUUGACUGUAGGGAAAAAACAAGACCACUUUUCUGUGGUACAACAUGGAUGUUACUUUCCAAUUUUAGGAGUAUUUUAAGAUAUCUCUACCUGGUAAGGAGUUUUUUUGUGGACUUAGAAAAACAAAAGACUUACAAUGAUUACUAAACAACCACAAAAUUAAAAUUCCAUUUGCAAAUACAGCUGCUAGAGUAAAGAAAUUUGCCGUGACGGGCGUAUAUUGUGACAUUCUGGCACUCUUGUUCCCUGUUAGCUUUCCAUUCCUUCUUUUUACAGUAGCCAUAUAGAAAAACAUCAUAGCUAUACUGUUCAUGAAAAUUAAUAAAAUUUAGCAGUAAACCACCUCA